AUGGCAGCUAUCGGAAGUGCCCCCCUUGUAUGGGCCUGGUUGCUGUCUUUGGUUCAAGUUGCAACAGCAGCGAGCAAUCCGGAGGACUUCACGAAUGAUUUGAUAAGUGAUCUCGGCCCACUUCUCUCCCUUUUUGGCGAGCGUGUGACCGAACAGUUCAUGACCGGAUCACUAGGGUGGGCAGACAAUGUCAUCUUGGCGAUGGCACCACUCGGCAUAGUCACCAUCAUCGUCGCCGCUAUUCGCGUGGGUGGUCCGCUUUGGAUGAAAAGAAUUAUCGGAAGAAGCCGGGAGCCAAUGGCAAGCGCUGAGAUGGAAUUGAUGUCUUCAACUUCACCAGAUGUCAGCGAGCUGUGGAAUGGUCAAGGUCUGGUACGCGUAGCUGGAACAGGGCCCGUCCACCAGUUCAUGAUACUGCCCUCCACGUCACCCAAAACAACAGACGUCGUGUGGUCUGUCCUCCAACAUCCAGAGUUAGAGGAGACAUCAUCGAAAAGUUUCUUGCGGUCGUUCCUCGCUAUGCUAUCACCGAACCGUCACAGAGAGAGACAGAUUAACCUGGACGAGACAGGGGUCUGCGAGCCGCCCCUCAAGCUUGAAGAAUCAAGUGGCCAACCGCAGAACUCUUUCCUCCUGGUCGAGAAGUCGGGUGCAGCUCCAAACAUCAGUUUGAACCUUCAUGGGAGCACCAAAUUCGAACUCGGUCUGAUGGCGGUCUUUGGCACGAUGCUCCAGUUUGCGGUCCUUGCCUUCUGUGGCUGGACUGCGUACUGGCCUCAUGAGCCUGGCUCUAUUUUACUCAAGGACGAAGAGCCGGCCGAGCGCUACGCGUUUCCCUGUACCCUAAGCGGGACAUUGCUGUUAGUUGUCGGGCUCACUCUCUGCGCUCACGUGGUGGAGUCGAGAACCAUCGAAACAGAGUUUAGAGCGGGGGGCAAGACGAGCGGGCGUUUACUUUGGAUCCAGAGGGCGGCAACGGUCAGCGAUCAGACCUUUGGGUCAUACGCACUUUACGCUGACAGAGAUCCAUUUGUCUUGCGAACCUCUCGACGCGCCGAUACUGUCAGUAGACGCACGAAAACGAACAAAGGUCAAAUCAUCAAUGAAGGUCUUGAAGCUUUCCGCCAAACAGAAACAAUCAUUGGAGUCUCAAUAGGACUUGUCGGUUUUGUCGUACAGUUCAUUGGUCUUCGGGGUAUGAGUUGGUCCGCUGCGCUUGCUCAGUUGAUCGCAACGUUGGCCAUGACAGCUAUCCGAGCCUGGGCUCGCAGAGAGUCAGACAGCUCGUUCCACGCCAUCCCUUUGGAUCCGGGCUUCGAGCUUGAUUGGGUCGCUUCUAACCUUGGGCCCUACGGUGAUAUAGAGGAAAGCUUGGACGUGGAAAAUAUGCCUCCAGGUUCCUCAGAAGACAAAAGUCUCGACUUGACGGCUAAAAUGAACAGUAAGGGACUGUUUCAGACACGAGCUAGCCUCGCUUCUUUGGUCGGGCUCCCAUCUCAUUGGCCUCGAGUCGGAGCUGUCGAAGCCAUCAAACUCGUUAGCGCGAUUGAGAAAACGCUGGAUCUGCUGCUGAAAGAUGAAGAUGAAUUCACAUGGCAACAUCAAGCUUUCAACAACCGAACAAUCGAGAUGCGAGCCGAGAGAAAGCAUGGAAAGUGGCAGGCUACCCAGUUAGGCAGUGUCUUUGAAGCAGCUUUGUCGUUAUGGCUUUUCUCCGUGAGAAAUGCAGCACCCAACGUUCUCGGUGAAAGCGGGCCUUCGGACGCCAAACCAACGCAGGCAGAUCAGUGGCUGAUGGGUAAAGAGCCCGGCCUUAUUAUACUUGAUCAAUGGUCAUACCGUCUUGCCAGGGACCUUUACUACUGGCUUCCUGCAAAUAUCGCUAGCUCGGUUGUUGUCUCGACCAAAGUUGAGAGCCCAGCAACGAAUUCAUCGGCCAGUCCUGCCGCUCCUACGGAGAACAGAGACGAAUCAAGGCCCUCAUCGAGUUCGCCCGGCUCAUCCAACUCAUCCGACUCGUCAUCGGGCUCCACAUCACAAGUUCGCAAAGUCUCAGCACCCCGUGUAGUUGGUUUCGGAGGCAGCGCACAUUCGAGUUCCUAUUUGGUACAAGGCAGUCUAUGGAACGCCGAAAAAAAGCCCGAGCUCAUCGCGGCAGAGAUGUCGACAUCUUUGCCAUCCUUGUACACACAGCAUAUCUAUGCAGUUUUCAUGCAGGGGCUAUCCCAUGUUGUUCCCGAGAUAUCAAACGAUGAUUCGACAUGGUGGGAAGAAAAGUCCGGAGAUCACUUGAGUGGAAUGUUAAGCAACAUCAACGUCUCCAACCUGGUUGAUUUCUUGCAGGAGAUCCAGCUCUUUACGCCAAAGGAAGCGUACUUGGCAAUCAUUCCCUCACUCAGCAAAAACAACAAUCUCGCAAAGCCUGAGACGGUUCUCCGCAAUAUGUUACUGAGUGCCCAUCAUCAACGACGCUGCGAUGAGGUGGUACCCAGGCUUCUUUCUCGAUUUCGGGAUAAGGAAUCUGUCGUCCACUUCGAACAUGCCCCAAGCUUUCUUCGCGCAGGUCUCAGGAAACGGACAUCGGCCUUACUAUGGAGCUGUGUCAACCUGAUACCAUGUAAGAGCUUCCAAAGUGGCAAUGAGGGCAAGCUUUUUCAUUUCGAAUACCGCAAGAUGAGGCCUUUUCGACUACCAUACUCUAAAGAAACGAUGCAUGCCGUUGAGAAUUGGAGUUAUAACGACGCCAAGGAUCUUGCUUACUGGAUGCUAUCCUACAUCUGGCAGAAUCGUCUCGAUCCUGACCAUCAUAUACGAGCUUGGCCCUUGUACGUAAAUGUCCGGAGAGGAGAAAAGGGGAAGGAAUACUCUCGUCGCAUGCUGCGGUAUUGCCAACAUAGCACGCUACACCAAGCUUUCAGAAGCGGCUCUCAAGACGAGAUGAAUGCUGCACUCCUCGAGGGAAAGGACAUCAGUGAAGGGGACAUUUGGGGAUGGAAGGUUCUCCAUUAUGCCGCCGCGCUCAUGGCUUCGAAUACAGAUCCGCGCUUCCCAGCGGCACUUGAGGCUUUAAAGAUCGCACCAAGCAUGAUUGACACCCGUGACCUGAUAGGGUGGACACCGUUACAUUAUGCGGCAAAGAACCCCAACGCGGGUCGGCUUUUGGAUCAUAUCCUGGAGCACAGCAAUGCAAACGAGUAUGACAGUGAAUCAGCCCUUGACUUGUCAACACCACUUCACUGUGCAGCCGAAAUGGGGCUGGUCAAUCACAUCGAGAAGCUUCGGCGGUUCAAGCCUACUCGUGUCGCGAAGAAAUGGUUCAGUUCCCGUGAUCACAGGGGCUUUACACCCUUACACAGAGCCAUUCUGGGAGGACACGUCGAGGCAACGAGGGCAAUCUUGACAGCCGUGAGCCAAUGGUGGGGAAGAGACGAGUAUUGGCUUCCGGUACAGGAACAUUGGCGAUAUAUUCAUUUUGCUAUUUGGUCAGGAAAUAUGGAAAUAUUCGAGCUAUUGCCUGUUGACAGAGAUUUGGUGCUUGAUUGGAUAACCUGGGCAGACAUAAACGGACUCACGCCUCUUCACAUGGCUGUGGCACGCGGCAACACAGACUUUGUCAAGGUCUUGAUAGAAAGGUUCACGGGUGCAGAGAGUCCAGACAUGGAUGGGAAUCAAUUGAGCCGGAAGGAUGAGGCAGGUUACACACCUCUGGAUAUCGCGAAGCAAGAGGGCUUCGACGAGAUUUGCACUCUUCUUCAAGAGGCCGGCGCCGAUCUGGGAACCCCGGACCGGAAUAAAUUUGUGUGGGACCGAGCAGAUCCCAUGAUGCAACUACCCACCUAG